UUGAACGCCGACCUUUCAGAAUGUUUAGUUACCUUAUUUUAGUACUAUUGCCUAUUAUAACUUUUGGUUGUUGUCCGCCUAAGACAUGGACAUCAACGAACUUUGUAAAUUAUGCCAGUGGCCCGACCCAUUUAGAGGUAAGGAAAACAUAUUCUUCAAUAUAAUUACUUCGACGAUGGUAUGUCGGUUAUCUCUCAAAAUAUUACUACUGAUCAAGGAAUGAAAUUCAAUCAAAAGUUAUACGCCAACUUUACGUCGGGAAUGCAGUAUGUAGUAGAUAACAACGGAACAUGUAUGGGAUUUAACAUUACUUUUACUGGUGUUGGAGAAGGUUGUAUCCCAGAUGAUGCUAUAGUUGCUAAAUCUUACAUUGGUGUUGGAGCUAACAAGGUACCCGUCACCAUGUACAAUAUGAAGACCAAUGUAUAUAAUACAUAUUUUACUGUAAUUGAUGAUGGAUGUAUACCAUAUAUGUACGAAUCAACUGGUACUUUACCUAAUGGAGAUGGCGCUAAAAUGACUGUAGAAUAUUUCGGAGUUAUGGUUGCAAAAUCAGACCCAAAGAGAACGAUGAUGCCAGCAAGUUGUACAAUGUAAGAACAACGUUCCUGGAAAUCAUAAAUAAACUUAUUUUCGUUUGCUGGAUAUCUUGAAUAAAUAUCGUUUGGUUUG